ACCCCUUCACUGAGGCAGGUCACCACCAUACCCACCACAACCACCACGCCUGUGACGACUACCACCAACACCACCAUCACCGCCAUGCACUACAGUACAAUCCUCGUCCUCGCGGGCUUGGCUGUCCUCGCCGCCGCCCGCCCCGAGACAUCCUUCAGCCACGAGACCGACGACCAACACCACGGCCAGAACAUCGAUGACGACAACACUUUCAUUGGGUCGUACCGAUGGAUGUCUCCUGAAGGCGUGGAGUAUUUUGUCAACUAUGUGGCUGACGAGGACGGUUUCCGCAUCCUGGAGUCCAACGCCGUGCCCGUCAGCAGCGCAGGAGUGAAGGCUGACGGCUUGCAGGGCGCCUUCCACUCUGACGAACUGGAGGACGACCUUUCCGCGGACGACGACGAUUCUGACGACCACGACGACCACGAUGAUGAUGAUGAUGAUGAUGACGACGACCACAUCCUCGUCCUUUAAGCGGUUUUUGAAGUAGUUCGCUCUCGUUUCGUCAUUUACACGUCUGUUUGUACUCGUCACUUGGUCUCCUCCUCCUCCUCCUCCUCCUCCUCCUCCUCCUCCUCCUCCUCCUCCUCCUCCUCCUCCUCCUCCUCCUCCUCUUGUUUUGCAGUGAAUGGGCGUCAGUCUGUCUUCAGUGUCUCGUCUGGGCGUCAGUCAGUCAGUCAGUCUCCACCCACGCCCAUGUUUCAAGUCCUUCACGCCCUUUGUGCUUCUCUACCCGCCCAUGUUCAUGCUUUCUCUUUGCUUCCUUUCUUUCUUUUCUUGCUUUCCCCUCGUUCGUUUUGUUCCUUUCUUUAUUCUUGCCUUCCUUCUUUCCUUCCUUCCUUCCUUCCUUCCUUCCUUCCUUCCUU